GCUUCGUAAUGUAAUUUGAAUUCUACCGCGCGUCAACUAAGCUAUGGAAUGCGGGAAUCGGUAAAGCAGUAUCGGUAAACUAAACAAAAGAUGACGAAGAAAAGAAACUGCGACGCCAGCGCCACGUUCUCGGCAGUUUCCGUGACAGUCGGUCAACAUGGCGGCGAGCGCUGCGCGGCCGGCCGGAGCGCGCGCUGUGCAGUGAUGUCCGCGCCCGCGCCCCACGCCCACGGGCGCACCCCCGUGCGGCGCAGGGGGCACCAACACCACCCGCGGCUGAGGGGCGACCGAGGGCCCGCCCCCGGGGCACCCGCCGACUCCGUUCCGUCCAAACGAGGGACCUCACACGGCCAGACAGACGAUGUUGUGCCUUGUGUCAAUAGUGUUAGUGAAUCUCGACGAUUGACAAGGACGAAUAGUGACGAUGCACUUUCCAAUCGAAAUACUAUCGAGGACUCGAAUAUCGAUGAUGAAAUUGAAGUUGCGGAAAUUGAUGUUAGAACUGAGGCGGACUCUAUUAGCUCGGAUGACGAUUUUUCCUUUCGAGAGGAGAGAUCGGCGGGUGACGGUGCGGAGGUGAUCGCGCUGCCCUCCGAGGUAUCCGACGAUGACCCCGAGACCGCAGAGCUCGCUAAGCUUCGGUGUCCCAGUGAAUGCACCGAAGUGUUGGCCGCGAGAGAGAACCGACGGCGCCGAAGAUGUGCUGACUAUCCCGGCCUCGCGUUCGGCAGCUCCAUAUUCUCGUCGGACACGAUGAUGAAAUUCUCGAUCAUCAAGAAUGAGUUGCAGAACAUAAAGAAUACGGCAUUGAAAAGGGCCGAAUCCGAAGUUGCUGCGCUCAACCGACGCAUCCAGCUGCUCGAGGAAGACCUGGAGAGGUCAGAGGAGCGUCUCGCGACCGCCACCGCCAAGCUCGCGGAGGCUAGCCAGGCCGCCGAUGAAUCGGAACGAAUACGCAAGGCGCUGGAGAACCGAACCAAUAUGGAGGACGACCGCGUCGCCAUCUUGGAAGCGCAACUGGCACAGGCCAAGCUCAUCGCAGAGGAAUCUGACAAGAAAUACGAAGAGGUGGCGCGCAAGCUCGUGCUGAUGGAACAAGACCUCGAGCGGGCCGAGGAGCGCGCAGAGCAGAGCGAAUGCAAAAUCGUCGAGCUUGAAGAAGAGCUUCGCGUGGUCGGUAACAACCUGAAAUCCCUAGAAGUCUCCGAGGAAAAGGCGACACAAAGGGAAGAAACAUACGAGGGUCAGGUGAAACUGCUCGACGCGCAGCUCAAAGAGGCUGAAGCUCGCGCUGAAUUUGCUGAGCGCUCUGUGCAAAAACUCCAGAAGGAGGUCGACAGGCUUGAAGACGAUCUGGUGGCCGAGCGCGAAAAGAGCAAAGUUCUGCAGGAGGAAAUGGAGGCCACGCUCCACGACAUCCAGAACAUGUGAACAUGCCCCCUCUAACCCGCCCGACUCACUUCACCCAUUAUCGAUAUCGAGUAAUGAAUACGCACCUCACUAGCCGGCUCUCUAAAUGGCUUCUGUCACUUUUGACAGCCGACGGGUGGCCAUUACAAAAGCGUAUUUUUAGUCUUAUGAAACGCGGGCUUUUUGAGCCGGAAUGAAUGAACUCUCGUGUUAUUUAUUGAUUUUUUACUUUUGAUUUUUUUCCUUAUUUUAUUUUUUGAUAUGAUUUUUUUAUUGAUAUGACUAGUUAAUUCGCAAGUGAGGCGGGCGGGUGACUAGAUGUUACUAGAGUAUAAAGUAUUGCCAGCCGCUUUUAUGUAACGUCAAGAUCGAGUGUUCGCUACGACACCACUGCCAUGUGCAAUUUUUUAAUUUCAUACCUACACAGUUUACUAAUUUUUUGUCCCGUAUGCCACUAAGUGUAAUUCCUCAUUUCGUCAUAUAGUCAUUUGUAAAAACGCGACCGUAUUUGAAUCGUGUUGAUGUACGGUAAUAUUUAAAUUAUUGAUAAGAUAUUUCGACAUUCCAUUAAUGGGACCAAAACGAGUCGUAAAUACUCUUUUCUAAAUCGAUAGUUUUUAUGAAAGACAAUAUUAUUAACAUAGGAACAUUCCUAAGGAUAGCUUGCUAAGCGAUUUCGAUGAACAUAAUUUUAGUUUUAUUGGGGAGUGCACUGUUUGCGAUUUAUUAUGAACUUUUUAUUUACUUAAUACUAGGAAAGAGAUUAGUUAUUUUUAUUUAAUGAGUGAUGGUAACACGUAAAAUAAUGAUAUUUAUGAGAAUAUGCUUGAUUUAUGAUAUUGAAGUAUCUGAUAUUCUAUGUAUAUGGUUUCGAGAAUGUUUCUUUUUCUUGUGUCAUAGUUUCCGUUGUUAUUUAUUAAAAUUAAUCUAUGAAUAAUGACAGAUAAUUAUUAGAUGUAGAACACGUUACAUUAGCAAUGCCGAAAUGCAAACAAGCUGGCAAUUCCUUAGAGCUUUGCGUUUCUGGAAUGACUCCUUAUGAAGAAUACAGAUUCUGAAAAUGUAAUUUAAAAUAAUCGACCGGGGGUAAUCCGUCUUUUUUGAAAUGUUAUCGAUUAAUAAAAAAUAGAUAAGUUCGUGAAAAAUAAAUUAAUGAUUUUAAGAGUAUUCUAACACAAGUGUUUAUAAAUAUAUUAUAUUAUUAUUUUUAA